AUGGCCGAAGUGGACUACUAUGCAAUGCUGGGCAUUGAAAAGACAGCCACUGAAGACGAGAUCAAACGAGCGUACCGUAAGUUGGCCGUUCGUUAUCAUCCAGACAAGAAUUUAGACAAAAAAGAAGAAGCGGAAGUAAAAUUCAAAGAAAUUGGAGAGGCUUACUCGGUAUUAUCCGAUCCAGAUAAGCGGCGUCAGUAUGACCGCUUUGGCAAGACCGGAAUCAGAGGCUUUGCAGGCAAUGGUGGUGGUGGCACGAAUGCGCAACCAUUUCAGGGUCAGGAUGCUGAGGAGGUCUUCCGCACAUUCUUCGGUGGCCAGGACCCGUUCUCCAUGUUCUUCCAGGAAGGUAUGCGGGGUGGGGGACGCAUGCACAACUUUGGGGGAUCUCGCGUGCAUAUAUCGCAGUUUGGACCAGGAUUCUCCUUCACGUCGUUUGGUGGGGCGCCUGGUAUGCCAGGUUCGCGCAUGCACCGGGUGAACCAAAGACAACGUGCACCAGGUGGCCAAAACGUCGCUGGUAACAAUGAACCUCAAGCAAAUGGGCGCUUUUCGCAAUUUCGGAUCGGCGGUGGCAAUUUGUUGCUGGUUUUCUUUCUUCUCUGGGUUGUGGGUGUGCCGUUCAGCUACUUAUGGAUAGCGCUCAUGAUUUUCAGCUAUCUUGGACUUGUCUAG